CUGGGUACAAUAUAGAUCUCCUCCAUGUUAAUAGACGGCACAUGGGCCAAACUGAAAAGUCAAUGUCAAAUAUUUUGGCUUCAUUUCUGGAUCGUGGGAGGACGUCGCACUGUCCAGCGUCUGUAAUGAGAACCGAUAGCAAAAUAAGACACAGUACAAUAUUUGUUUGCAGGGUAAAUUAACAGCUAGUUUUGUUGGUUGACAUUAUGAUGUAUAUUAGAAAAACUGUCACUAGAAUUUGCAUCCGGUUUUAUUUUGGUAAGAAACCCCAGCCGGAAAUUGUGUGAGCUGAUUACGCGGGACUUGACGGUAGGAGCCGCUGACAGAGGAGCGGCGCACACCCGAGUCAAAAGGGGGUUGAACCGAGGACGUGCGUCUCCUUGGAAAAGUGGCAUCCGAGGGAGGAAGGAGUGAGUCUUGUGCCGAUCACCAGCCACCCGGGACUUCACACAGCCACCGACACUUUCCUCCGGACUCGAACCUGCGCCACAGCCCCUGUGCCACCAUGAGGAUAAACGUAUGGAUUUACCAGGCUCUGGUGUGCGCUGCCCUCACUGUACUGGACACAGGUUUCUGCAGAAGGAUCCAUCAGUCGUUACAGCGGUAUGAGAAGAGCGAGAGCCACAUGCUGGUUUGCACAGACUGUGCUCAGGCCCCUCUGGUACGAAACAACCGAUCGCAGGAGCAAUGCGCUCGCAAAUGCAAGAAGAAAAACUUCAACUGCAGGGCUUUCAACUUUCAGAAGCACAACAGGAAAUGCUACUUGCUUCCCUUCGACCGUUUCACCUCCGGCGUGAAGAAGCAGGCCAACGUCAACUUUACUCUGUACGAAAAAAAAGAUUAUAUAAGGGAGUGUAUCAUCGGCACCAAGGACUACAGAGGGAGGAGGUCUUGGACGAAGUCAAACAUCACUUGCCAAGCUUGGUCAGAUAAUAACAUCAAUGAACACACGUUUUAUCCUGAUAGUUUCCCAGCGGAAGACCUGAGGGAGAACUUCUGUCGGAAUCCCAAGAACGAUCCUGGUGGUCCGUGGUGCUACACCACUGACCCCAACGUACGGGUGGAGGAGUGUGGUGUGCCGCAGUGUUCGGAGGACGUCUGUAUGACGUGUAACGGGGAGGAUUACCGAGGCAAAAUGGACCAUACAGAGAGCGGAAAGGAGUGUCAGCGGUGGGACUCAGUGAGGCCUCACAAACACCUUUUCCAGCCCAAAAAGUAUCGUGGCAAAGAUUUAAAAGACAACUACUGCCGUAACCCGGAUUAUCGUCGCCGUCCCUGGUGCUACACCAUGGAUCCGAAAACUCCAUGGGAGUACUGCAACAUCACUGUGUGUGAGUCGGACUCCAGCGAGGACACAGACGUCAAUGUCACGACGUCCUGUGUCCAGGGGAAGGGCACAGAUUACCGAGGCACAACGUCUGUCACUCCUGAGGGCGUGACGUGUCAGCGCUGGGACUCUCAGUUCCCCCAUAACCACUCGUUUCUGCCCCAGAACUUCAAAUGCAAUUUGUGUGUGUGCCACAGAGACCUGCGAGAGAACUACUGCCGUAACCCCGAUGGAGCAGAUUACCCAUGGUGCUUCACUACAGACCCUAAACAGAGGAAAGCCAACUGCACCCAGAUCCCCAGGUGUGAUGCUGAGGCCACACAAAAAAUAGAGUGUUACGAGGACAUCGGAGAGAUGUACCGGGGAACUUUAUCCAUAACUCGCUCCGGGAUUCCCUGUGCCAACUGGUCACAUCACAUAGACAGUGGGGAUUCUCACUCUACAGUGUCCCAUGUAGGGCUGGAGAACAACUACUGCCGGAACCCGGACCGGGACAAGCACGGCCCCUGGUGCUACACCAAUCCAAACAACCGCCUGGCCUGGGACUACUGCAAACUGAAACACUGUGAAUCAUCUACAGUAGCUCCUCAACCAAGCAAUCUAACCCGACCAAAGAUAUCAUGCUUCGUGCACAUAAACACCAGAAUAGUCGGCGGACAUCAAGUGCAAGGUACAGACGGCAGCUGGGUGGUGAGCAUCCAAAGAGAGAAGGCUCAUUUGUGUGGCGGCUCGCUGAUCAGAGAGGACUGGGUCUUGACGGACCAACAGUGCUUCACCUCCUGUGUUCCAGAUCUCAGGGAUUACAGCGUGCAGGUUGGUCUGCGCCACCUCAACCAGUCGUCGCACCACCCGAGGCUACGCAUCUCGCGCCUGAUCUGCGGCCCAGAGGGAUCCAACCUGGUCAUGUUGAAACUAGCAGACCCUGCACCUGUGUCUGAAGGCGCCUCCACGAUUCAUCUUCCAGUGAAAGACUGUCACAUCCCCGAAGGCACCAACUGCACCAUGUAUGGAUGGGGCGAAACCAAAAAAGCGGGAUACGACGAGGCACUGAACACGGUCACCAUGCCGAUGGUCAACAAUGAAAUGUGCUCGCAAAUCAAAGGGGACGCCGGGGAAAGCAGGAUAUGCGCCGGCGGCAUGAGAGGAGAAGGUGUCUGUGAUAGAGAUAACGGCGGCCCGUUGGUUUGCCAGGAGCAUGAGCGCAAAGUCAUCGUCGGCGUGAGCAUCCAGAGGACGAAAUGUGCCUCGUCGCAGCCUGCACUCUUCGUCAACGUCGCUUUCUACUCGGAGUGGAUUUAUAAAGUGUUCAAACUUUACCCCAGCCCGGAGAGGAACUGAAAUAAAUUCCGGAGCGUACCACAGCUGGCGAGAGGCGGGAGGCGACUCUGGGUCGGACCUCUCCGGCGCGGACCGCAGGGGAGACAUGAAGAGAAAUCACCAGUUUGGGGAUUUUAGCGGCCGAAGCUGUCGUUUUACAGAGAGGACGGGGACUCGUGAUUGAAGACUGGAUACGAUAAAGUGGAAUCUCCCGCAUCCUCCACAUGCAGGUUCUUAGCCUCCAGAACAUUUUUACAACCAAAGUCUCGGGCACAUGGACGACGUACUAAUUGUAUUUUGACAUGAGAAUGACACGUGUGACUCAGUAUUAUCUCCUGGAAUAUACUUGAAUAUGGACGGAGCCCAGAUUCCCUGUUGGACACGACUGUGACUGGGAUUUCUUUCUUUGCUUUUUUAUUUUAACGUGUUGAGCUGGACUGCAAAACUUUUAUUUACCUCCAACACACACACAGAUGUUAACAACUAUACAAAUUUGGCCAUAGUGAUUUCAGAUGCCAUAGAAAUAUAACCAUACCCAAAAAUAAUAAACAAGGUAUGACCAAAAAGGAAGAAGAAGUGGUCUGUAACUUUAAACCUGUAAACUUUGCUUCAGAUAUACCAUGAAUUAGGUGUAUAGAAUACACUAUAGCUGCUUGAAACGCUGACUGCAGCAGCCCUGGCGAACCAUUCAGUGCUAAUUGUGCGCAGUAGCCGGACUGCCUUUUCCCCAGUUAGCUGUAACUGUUAGCUUCCCCCCCCCGUGAGAGGGUCUAAGUAGGAACUGAGCAAACUGCUCCAGAUCUUAUGCUAAUAUUUGAAGCACGAGAGAGAAGAGCCAUGCCAAAUAUAACAUGGUUAUUUGGUCUCCAGUUUGGAGGGAACUGUGGCCCCUGGCGGGCUGUGUGUGGUCAGUAGGAUACUUUAUAUAUAUAUAUAUGUAUGUAUUUCUUUUUAAAUUUCAUGGAAAGUGACUCCUUAUGUACAUAACUGCAGAUUUAUUGAGUAUGUCUCUGCCGUGCCGUAAGAUUUUAUAGGUCUUAUAGAUCUGGAAUAUUUUUGGUUCACUGAGUAAUGUCAGAUUGGCUUCUUCCUGUUUUGGAUUGUGUUUAAUAUUUAAAAGAUAGGACUUGUGGAUUGUGAGCGGUCGGGUUGGUGUAUUUAUUUCUUUGGAAAGAGCAGAAGACGUUGCAGAUAAUGAUACUUGUUUUUUGUUUCUAACCUGUAUUAACAUGCUGCGUGUUUGACUCCAGGUUAAAGACACAGAAACAGAAAGGAACACACCGUUGACAAUGUGCCUUAUACAUUCAAACCAGAGACUGUAGAUAAAGAUGGACGACACGUCUCCACUUCCUCCCACUAUCCAAAUGUGAAGCCAAAUUAUCCUGGAUACACACAGUUCCAGAGUCUGAACAGUAGUGAUCGUGAGAUGGAGCCGUGGUAUAAAAGUCCUGCUGAUACACGCAGUCAUGUCUUCCAUCUUUGUCUAUGGAAUGUUUUUUAUUUUUGGGCGGGGCACAGUUUAACAAGGAAGUGAAAAUGCAUCAGCUGAAAAAGACGACAAUCAAAGUCAUGCAAAAGUUUUUAUCCCCAGAUCUUUUCCUAAAAAUAACGAAAAUUUGGAAGUUGUGACAGAAUUAGUUCAUGAAGAAUGACGCCCUGUUAAUGAGGAAGAAACCACUGAUAUGAAAUCACACUUUUGAUAAAGAAAAAAACUUUGCAGAUUAUAAUUCCCCCCAAUUGAUUCCCCCGAUGACCCAGUUAUUCCCACUUUCUGACCCCGGUGCAUUUUAGCGGUGUUGUCUUAAAGCGUAAAUGAUUUUCUCUUGUUCUGAACAUCACGUGUAAAAUGCUACGUACAUUAAAAACAUCCAGAAACUCUUACAAAGGUUAUAAAAGUCUGUGGAGCAGCAGUUUGAAAGGAAGACGCUUCACAGACUAAACUGGGGAAACCAAAUAUUCUUAUGUCACGUAGCAGAUCACAUGACCUGUUGCCUUCUUUGAAAAAACGAAUGGACUUGUAACUGUUAAUUUAUGUGACUUGUUAAUUUACCUUCAUGUAAAUAGGCCUCGCGCGUCCUGUAAAUUACAACUUGUAAUUUUUGUAAAUACCCUCCUCGAGUAUUUUGACUCCCUGAUCAUUCUGUUUAUAUAUUUGUACAAUGUAAACCUGAAAUAUAACAGCUGCUAUUUUGUGUUAGUGGGUUGUUUUUUCUAUCUACGGCCUUUUUUCUGAAUUUUGUAGCCUUUGUAUUAUUCCUAUUUUAAUAAAGAAAAACUGACAUCACA